AUGAAGACCCUCAGUACAAUUCCAGCAACCCUCACGCUCCUCCUUCCCUUCGCAGCAUCACAAUCCAACCUCACCGCCCACCUCCCAAACGAAUAUACAUACCUCCUCCCGCGACCCUUCAACAACACCUUCACCCAACCCUUCGUAGACACCAACAUCUCAGACCCCACCGCAUCAACCCAGCUCUCCCAAGCCCGAACCUCCAGCUUCAUCUCCUACAGCGACGAAUUCGACACCAUCCUCGGCCCCGAUCCCCAAGUCCGCCUUAUAGCAGAAAGCCCACACCCCUUCGCCUUCGAAGGCGGCGUCUGGAUCCCUCCCCUCAACCAAAUCUGGUUCACCGCCUUCCUAAACCCACCCCCGGGCUACAUUACCAUCCUCGACAUCCGCACCUCCACCACCUUCCGCCCGAACCUCACAGGCCCAGCCGCGAACAUCCCCAUCAACCCCAACGGCGCCUACUACUUCAACGGCCUGGUCUACCUCACCUCCUUCGGCAACCCCACCACCUCCCCCUCCAUCGUCUCCAUCGACCCACACACCUACGCCACCCACGAAGUCCUCAACUCCUUCUUCGGCCUGCCCCUCAACGGCCCCGACGAUGUCACCAUCGCCCGCUCACGAACCACCGGCCAGCCAUGCCUCUUCUACAGCGACUUCUUCUUCGCCGUCGAAGGCCUCGCCGGAACCUGGCCGGGCCCGCAAGAACUUCCCAACGCCGUCUACCGCUUCACGUCCGCGGACGAGAGUCUGCAGAUGGCCAUCUCGCCACUCGACGUUCAGACGCCGAACGGUCUCGCGGUCAAUAGGGAUAACACCCUGCUGUACGUCUCUGAUGGCCCGGAUUCGGCGGUGUUCGGUCAGCCGUAUAACAGCACGUCGGGAACGCCGGGGUUGUACGUUUUUGAUCUGGGGGGCGUGGACGGGUGUACGCCGAUGAACAAGCGUCUGCUGAGUAUUGCGCGUCAGGGCUUCGUGAAUGGUAUCAAGAUAGAUGAUUUUGGCCGCAUCUGGGGGACGGAGUAUGAAGGUGUGGUGGUGAGGAGCCAGACGGGGAAGGUGUUGGGGGUGUUCAAUGUUGUCGAUAUUGUGGGCACGGAUGGUCCAGAUGUCGCGACGGGUGCCAAUUUCGCGCUGGCGAAGGAUGAGCUGUUCAUUCUUGGGUUUCAAAAGAUCUAUGCUGUCAAGUUGGGCAAGGCUGUCAAAACGUGGUAUUAG